UCGCGUCUCGCAUCGUCACUGCCUAGCUCGCACUCCGCAGUACACAAACCGCCUCGGUACGCGAUCAGUUACGGUCGUCCGUCGCGCCGCCCGCCACAGCUCGCGCGCAAACUUCUACGAUACAAUGAUUGAGAGCUUUCACGUGUAAACAAAAGUUCGUCAUGUUGUGCAUUAUAGCGAUUCUGUUUACUAUUUGCCUCGUUCCGCGCGCCAUCGCCGAGGCCUCCGUGCGGACGUGCGAACCCAUUAAAGUGGCAAUGUGCAAGAACAUCGGCUACAACCAGACCGGUAUGCCGAACUUGGCCCGGCACACCCUGCAAGCUGAUGCCGAUAUCACGUUGCAAACGUUCAGUCCGCUGGUCCAGUACGGCUGCUCCUCCCAGCUUCAUUUGUUUCUGUGUUCGGUCUACGUUCCCAUGUGUACGGAUAAAGUGGCGCUGCCGAUCGGGCCCUGUCGAGGACUGUGUGACAGUGUGCACGCCAGAUGUUUCCCUGUGCUUCAUGGUUUCGGAUUUUCUUGGCCCCCGGAGCUAGAUUGCACACUGUUUCCAGCGGAAAACAAUCACGAACACAUGUGUAUGGAGGGGCCCGGCGAAAGAGCCCCACCGGUCGGGAGUAUCCCGUUGAACGCCACGGGUGCGUGUAGGAGAUUAAUCAAACCAAACAGUUGGGUGUGGGUUAGAGGAUCAGGCCGCUGCGCCCAGUUUUGUGAUGCCGAAGUCCUGUGGGAAACUGGGGAACGCAGAGCGGCCGAAGUAUGGCUCGCUACGUGGGCAGCAUUAAGCUUUGCUUGCACUUUGGCAGCUGUCGCUGCGCAAUUAGCGUGUGGAGAUCGUGGGGGAGCUGGAGAACGAGCACUAGUGCUAGUGGCUCUGUGCAGGUGUGCUGCAGCGGCUGGAUGGGGUGUUCGCGCUGCUGCAGGUCGAGCUGCAGCCGGCUGCGCCAAGGACUCCACAUCCCCGGCACGCAUGCUUCUAGCACACGACGGACUUGCGAAUCCAAAUUGCGCUGUUGUGUUCUUACUACUCUACUAUUUCGGUCUUGCUGCAUCAGUAUGGUGGGUGGUAGUGGCGGGCGCUUGGCGAGCAAGCGUACUCCGACCACCUAAUCCACCGGGUACAAUGGCGAGAAACGACCGCCACUCAUCCCUGCUUCAGCUGGCGGCGUGGGGCGUGCCGGCAGCCCUAGCAGCAGCCGUUCUCGUCACCAGAGACGUAGAUGCCGAUGAACUUACAGGUACGUGCUUCGUCGGCAAUCAAUCGACCAAGUCCCUCCUUGCGCUCGUAAUCGUACCUGAAGCAAUAUGUCUGCUACUCGGCUGCGUGUUCCUUUCGUCCGGACUACGCGCUGUUCUUCGCAAACCAGUUCCCGUGCACACACCAGCCCUAUUAUUAAACGCUCCACAGCCGCACACAGAUCAAAGCGUUUUGCGUUUAGGUGCUUUCGCAGCUCUAUACGCUGUUCCGUCGGCGUGUAUUCUCGCUACUUGGGUUUAUGAAUACGCGUGGAGAGACGAAUGGCUGGCUUCACCGGUUCCGUCUUCGGAGCCAUCGACACACGCCCACCCAGCAUUCUGGGUGUUCCUAUUUAGAAUAUUCGCUAUUCAAAUACUCGGUGUGAUGGUGGCCGUUUGGAUAGCAACGCCCCGCCUUAAAGCUCUGUGGAGAAGGGUGACGGGACCUAGAAAGCCAGUGCCUCCCAAAUGUCCGACGGGGCCGACACAAGCGCCCCUAACUCUUCAUUGUUACGCAACACAUCCUCAUACGAUAGCGCGACAUCCUUAUAAUCCAACAAAGUACGCAACAUACCGACCUCCGCAGCAGCAUUCGUACAGGAAACCUAGGCAUUAUCAUUAUUCAGCGGGUGAAACUAUACUAUGACGGAAAUAAAACAAUUUUUUGGUUUCAAUAAAAUAAAAAAUAUGAGCUUACAAGGCUCACAUAGUUACUCAAUUGUCGGUAAUACGGAGGAUUUAAAUAAAUAGAUAAAGAAUACACGUGUAAUUUUAUUGGUUUUCCAAAAAAAAAUUGAAGCACGUGCUAAGAUUAUAAAAUGAAAUUUCCUGACUGAAUUAUGUUCAAAUGCCUAUUAUAUUAAGAUA